AUGGAUCCAUUCCUGAACAUUGACGCAUUGUUCAAUGCUAUGAACAUGACCACGCCCUCUCGCAGUACUCCCGAAGAAAGCACUCAUCCGUCACCACGCGGCUGGGCCCGUCGUCGACCACAGCACGUACAAGACCCCUUCGACUUCCUUGCGCGUCAAGACGCGAGCUUUGCAGACAUUAUGCGAGGUCAAUAUUACAACCAAGAUCCCAUGGGUACCUCUAGAAUUGAAGAAUUGGAGGAUUAUGACGAAGCAGGCAGAGCCCACUCAGCUGGCUAUGUUCGACCACGACACCAUCGAGCGGGAUACCCGCAUCCCGCACUCCGCGCACAUCUACAGACUCACGCGACCUCAUUUUCACAAGCUGCACGCGCGAUGCAUGCGGCGCUCGUCUGCGCGAAUCAAGAGUGCCGUAGUAUUGAGGCAUCGUUCGAAAUGCAGACGCGGCAACUUCUGAGCUGGUUGCCAGCUGCCUAUGUGAAUUCGCUGUGGACGAUCAGACUGAGCUGGAGCGGUCGUUCGGAGCAAAAUUCGACGUUGUCCGGCGGCAUCGACGCAGCUGCUCGAUCAGGCUCAGAUGUGAUUACAUAUGACGGCGUUGUACAGCGCUUCAACACAGCGCUUGCGGCAAUCAAGACCUGCGCACCGCCUGAUAGGACUGGACCUCACGAGUCACGACUACCACUGGGAUGGGAAGUCCUCGGCAGCACGAUGCGCAAGCUACAAAUCAGUCUCGAAGCCAUUGAAGAACUUCUGGUGCUGAUCAAGACACAACGCGACAGAAUGCCACUUCUGCUACACGAGAUUGGCUCUGCUCAGCAUCUGCUGGAAAGCGUGAGAGAAGUAUGGGAGACACCAAAGAAGGCAGGGAAGAGACCAGAGGCGAAAUCACCAUCCAACACACAACCGCGACACAGCGAGCACGAAUGGCCGAGCUUCUCCCCGGCAGGUGAACGAUUCGACGAAUUUGGAAUUGACAUAUAG